AGCGGGCGGCUCAGCGGCGCUGCGAUCACAUGAGCUGUGUGUUAUUGUGCUAUAAUGUCCACUCGGACAGAGUCUCGAAGAAGGGCAACCAGCACCGACCCCGAUAAUGAAGAGCUUUCAUGGGAUCAUGGUAGUUUGCGAGCUUAUUCUGGUAUUAGUGGUUAUCCCUUCAGCUCCUGUUGUGAUCACGUGUGUGGAAAUGAGCAGAACGUCAGUACCACUGACUCUCACCGGCAAUCGCCCUGCUGCUCUUACACACCCAAAUGCACAAACAGAGGACAUAGCACACAGACAGCUAAUGAAAUAUGGGCGGAGGUCUCAUGUAGUAAGACCACUAUAAGUGCCGAAAAUGAGGUGGAGGCACAGAAACUUGCCAAUAAUUACAAGUUUGGAUUCAGAAAGUGGAAAAGCCAUGUGACCGAGCGACCCUUCGAGGACAGAUCAGACAUAGUGAAGGAGCUCUAUUCAGAGCUCACUAACAUUAAACCAAACACAGGCUCUUUAUUUACAUGUGGUAAUAUUUUAUAUAUAUUAUUAUUUGGUUGGUGGAUCUCUCUGGUGUAUCUUCUUGUCGGUAUCAUGAUGUACAUCAUCAUUAUCGGAGCCCCUCAUGGUAAACUGUGCUUCCGAUUGUCCCGUUACUUUCUGUGGCCAUUUGGAAAAGCUAUAAAAAAGGCAAGAGAUCCACUCGAAAGUGGGAAACCCCAGAAUGAAGGACUGGAUGAGGUGGAUGAGGGGAACGGAGCCACCCCUCUUCUGAGGUCCGGCACAGUAGUGGAGAACAUUGAGGAACCAUCCAGGCCUCCAGAGCGGCUCUGCUGGAAUCAUCUGAGUGUGUAUGUGUGGGUGCUGCUGGGAUACCCUCUUCUAGUUGUGGCUCAUGGUGUGUUGUGUAUUCUCUCCUGGAUCUUGGUUGUCACCAUCCCCGUGUCCAAAAUAAGUAUCCGAACCUUAACCAAUGUCUUGCUGAUUCCCCCUGAGCAAGUUCUCAUAACCGAUGCCGCUAUGGAAGGUGAAGGUGAAGCCAUCCUGUGCUGCUACCAUGCAGUGAAUAUCUACUACUACAAGUACAAGGUUGAUGGAAUCAAUGUUUUUGCUGUCAAUCUCCUCCCUUUGGUCAUUGUCUCUUUGGUCAUCGGCUAUGUGGACAGAGGAAACCAGUUCGCCAGUGCCGAGGUUAAGUUCGCCACUGCAAUAGGUUCACUCAUCCCGUUGUCUUAUUAUAUUGGAAUGGGCAUAGCCAGUAUAUCCGCUCAGAGUAACUUUGCAGUCGGUGCCGUGGUCAACGCCACGUUUGGCUCCAUCACCGAGCUUACCUUUUACAUCACAGCCUUGCUUAGGGGUCAUUACCAGGGCAACAAAUGCCUACAGGAGAUUGUAAAAGCAGCAUUGACCGGGACAUUGCUUGGAUGUAUUCUGUUUAUCCCGGGGAUCUGUAUGAUCAUCGGAGGGCUGAAACACAUGGAGCAGAGGUUUAAUAGUCGCUCAGCUGGAGUAAGCUCCUCUCUGCUUUUCAUAUCUAUUGGAGGUGUCUUUGCUCCAACACUCUUCUCUAAAGCCUAUGGGAAUCUGGUGUGUGAAGACUGCACUAACUCCUCUGGCACCAACAGUACCAAUGGGACUUUCAUCUGCAGGAAUUGUCACUACGAUAUGAGUGAAAACAACUACAGCCUGUUUCAUAGCCAUAUAGAACCCCUGGUGUACACAGUGUCAGUUCUGCUGCCGGUGUCCUACAUCAUCGGCCUUCUGUUCACUCUGAAGACUCAUUCACACAUCUACGACAUUCAUGUUGGUGAUGGAAAUGCGGGUCACUUAGAUGCCGUAGUGCACUGGUCUCGUUGGAGGGCGCUGCUCAUCCUGAUCGUUGCCACAGUGCUGAUGUCCGCCUGCGCAGACCUCAUCACAGAGUACAUCCAGCCCAUACUGAGCCACCCGAACAUCUCUCAGAACUUUAUAGGUGUGACAGUUUUGGCCAUGGUUCCUGAAAUACCAGAGAUAGUCAACGGUAUACAGUUUGCUCUACAGAACAACAUCAGCUUGAGUUUAGAGGUCGGGAGCUGCAUUGCGGUCCAGGUGUGCAUGAUUCAGAUCCCCAUACUGAUCCUGUUCAAUGCCUUUUAUGAUGUUGGUUUCGUGCUCCUGUUCAGUGACUUGCAUCUGUGGGCCAGCAUCUUCAGCGUCAUCCUCGUCAACUACAUCUUCAUGGACGGAAAGUCUGAUUACUUUCAAGGUACGGCUCUCGUCGUCGUGUAUCUGAUCCUCCUGGCGAUCUACUUUUUUGCUCCUUCUCCAGCGGGUUGUUAAAA